CAAAGAGAGUCAGGAAAGAAGUAAAGGACAAAGGCAGUUGCUUUUGGGGUUUUGUAACUUUUGUUGUAUUUUGGAUUAAAGAAAGUUAGGGUUUUUGUUUGUAGAAAGAAGUCAAGCACUGUUGAAGCACUCAAUGUACUGUUAUUGGAGCUCUGGGGCCAAAUAUUUCUGGGUCCGCAUGUAUUUAUUGCCAAUAGUUGUUGAUUUGUCGACCCAUUUCUUCUUUCUUCUUGGGUUUGUUGUGGUUAAGUAGACACCGUGCUUGUACUCUAAUGUGUGUAGCAAUCCAUGUUUAGCUUGCUGUAAAGCUCUUUUUUGUAUGAAAGGAAGUGGCUUUUGAUGCUAUAAAGUUCAAGGUCUUUAGCAGCAGUAGUUACCGGCGUUCUUACAUUGUGCUUAAAAGUAGAGAUGUACAAGAAAAUGCUGCAUUAUGUGUGGUUAGAUCUCUGAUGAGGCAACGUCUGUGUGUUUUGCCCAGUUUGUUUAUUAUAGAAGGUGGUUGUUUUCCUUGUUGAAGCAGUGCCCUUUUUUAGGUCGCUGAUGCUCACUGCAAUCCCAGUCAGACUCGUCAAGCACUGGGUUUUGGCCUAAGGUUCUCCUUCAUCAGGUAAGGAGCGCCCCGUUUUGAGGUUCUUGGUUCAAAGUUCUUAUCGCUCAUUAUUUAAAAGAAGGGAUUCUUGGGGCUAUCGUGCUUUACUUUAACUGGAUUGCAGCUUAGCUGAAAUUAGGUUUACUCAUUUGAGAACUACUCUCGACGUUUAUCUUUUAUGUAGCAUUGGUUGUUGUUUCUAAGGUAUUAGGGAAGGGGGCAUUGGGUUCUAUGUUCUUAUUGGGUUCUAUGUUAAUGUCGUAAACAGCCAGUGUUGCUUGUCUGUGUUUGUGCGAUAUGAGUUCACAAAUCCCCUUUUGUUGUCGACAUUGUACCUAAAGCUGAGUUGGGUGGAGCCAUAUUUGGUAUCACUAUGAAGCUCUUUAGGCUUUUGGUAUUAUCUCUACUUUUCCUUUUGGCUAUGGGGCAGCUUCCUUCACAGGACAUUAUGGCAUUGCUUGAAUUUAAGAAGGGUAUCAAGCAUGACCCGACUGGUUUUGUCCUCGAUUCAUGGAAUGAAGAGUCCAUUGACUUUGAUGGGUGCCCUUCUUCAUGGAACGGGAUUGUGUGUAAUGGUGGAAAUGUUGCUGGUGUUGUGCUUGAUAACCAGGGUUUAUCCGCUGAUGUUGAUUUGAGUGUCUUCUCAAACCUCACAAUGCUUGUGAAGCUCUCAAUGGCAAACAACUCUAUCAUGGGUAAGAUUCCUGAUAAUAUAGGUGACUUCAAAAGCCUUCAAUUUCUCGAUCUCUGCAAUAACCUGUUCUCCGAUUUGUUACCACUGGGUAUUGGUAAAUUAGAGAGACUACAGAACAUGUCAUUAGCGGGGAACAACUUCUCAGGCUCAGUUCCAGAUUCAAUUUCAGGGCUUCUUUCAGUUCAGUCUUUGGACUUGAGCCGAAACUCCUUGUCAGGAUCCCUUCCAGUAUCCUUGACAAAGCUCAACAACCUUGUCUAUCUAAAUUUAUCGUCUAAUGGGUUUACCAAGAGAAUUCCAAAGGGUUUUGAGCUAAUUUCAAAGCUUCAGGUGUUUGACUUGCAUGCUAACGUGCUUAAUGGUCAUCUAGAUGGGGAGUUUUUCCUCCUAUCUAAUGCUAGUCAUGUUGAUCUUAGCGGAAAUAUGCUAGAAAGCUCUACCUCUCUAAAACUGUUACCAGGUAUUUCUGAGAGUAUCAAGCAUUUGGAUCUUAGUCACAAUCAGCUUACUGGUUCACUGAUAAGUGCAGGCGAGCUGCAGUUGUUUGAAAAUUUGAAGGUGUUGGAUCUGAGCUACAAUCAGCUGUCGGGAGAACUGCCUGGAUUCAAUUUUGUGUAUGAGCUUCAGGUCCUUAAACUCAGCAACAAUAAAUUUUCGGGGUUUAUUCCGAACAAUCUACUAAAGGGGGAUUCUCUGCUUUUGACAGAGCUGGAUUUGAGUGCCAACAACCUCUCAGGGGCGAUAAGUAUGAUUAUGUCAACAACGCUUCACACGCUUAAUCUCUCCUCAAAUUCACUUACUGGUGAACUUCCUUUGCUGACCGGAAGCUGUGUUGUGCUCGACCUAUCAGAUAACCAAUUCACUGGAAAUCUAACCAGAACUAUGAAAUGGGAGAAUGUUGAGCAUCUUGAUCUAAGUCAAAAUCAACUGACUGGGUCUAUUCCUGAGGUUUCUGCGCAAUUUCUGCGUUUAUAUUACCUGAACCUCUCCCAUAAUUCUCUUAGUGGUUCUAUCCCUGAAGUUGUCGAUCAGUAUCCGAAGCUUAGAGUCCUUGACCUAAGUUCCAAUAAGUUAGAUGGAUCCAUUUUAACUGGUUUGUUAGCAUCACCUACUUUGCAAGAACUUCAUCUUGAAUACAAUUUACUCUCUGGUGCUGUUGAAUUUUCUGCUCCUUCUAUCAAAACUAGUCUUCUGGUUCUUGAUCUUUCUCAUAACCGGCUUAAUGGCUAUUUUCCUGAUCAGUUUGGGUCAUUGACUGGCCUUCAAGUGCUCAAUCUCGCUGGAAACAAUUUUUCUGGUUCUAUUCCAACUUCCAUGUCCGACAUGAACUUGCUAAGCGCAUUAGAUUUAUCACAAAAUCACUUCGCAGGUCCUUUGCCAAAUAACUUUCCUAGUAGUCUUAGUGGCUUUAAUGUUUCAUACAAUGAUCUCUCUGGUGUUGUUCCUGAAAAUUUGAGGAAGUUCCCUAGUUCUUCUUUCUAUCCUGGAAAUACUGGGCUACGUCUUCCUAGUGGUCCUCCUGGGUCAAGCAAUUCUCCUGCUGAAAAUUUGAAGAGGAAACCAUUUAACACUGUGGUCGAAGUGAUUGUGAUAGUUUCUUGUGUGGUUGCUGCGAUUAUUCUUAUUUUACUCGCUAUUUUCGUACAUUAUAUUCGUUUAUCAAGGAGAUCUCAACCAGAGCAUGUCACAAGUAAAGGCACCCACAGGCGCUCUGCAGCAAACUCCUCUGGUUUGGGUGGAACACAGAGUGGUGCUGCUUUGGUUGUUUCAGCGGAGGAUCUUGUGGCUUCUAGGAAAGGAUCAUCAUCUGUGAUUAUUAGUCCUGAUGAAAAACUGGCAGCUGUAACUGGCUUCUCCCCAUCAAAAAACAGCAAUUUGUCUUGGUCGCCAGGGUCUGGGGACUCGCUCACAACUGAAACCUUUGCAAGACUGGAUGUGAGAUCACCUGACCCAUUGGUUGGAGAGCUGCAUUUUCUGGAUGAUACAAUAACAUUGACACCAGAAGAGCUUUCAAGGGCCCCAGCUGAAGUGUUAGGGAGGAGCAGUCAAGGAACUUCAUACAAGGCAACACUGGAUAAUGGGCUAUUUUUGACUGUAAAAUGGCUGAGAGAAGGGGUGGCGAGGCAGAAAAAGGAGUUUGCUAAGGAGGCUAAAAAAUUUGCCAACAUUAGGCAUCCUAAUGUGGUUGGUUUGAGAGGAUACUACUGGGGGCCUUCACAUCAUGAAAAGCUGAUCCUUUCAGAUUAUAUUUCACCAGGAAGUCUUGCAAGCUUUCUUUAUGAUCGACCAGGAAGAAAAGGUCCUCCAUUAACCUGGACCCUCAGGCUUAAGAUAGCAGUUGAUGUUGCACGUGGACUUAACUAUCUCCAUUUUGACCGUGCUGUUCCCCUUGGUAAUCUUAAGGCGACAAACAUUCUACUGGAAGGACCUGACUUGAAUGCACGUGUUGCUGAUUAUUGCCUCCACCGCUUAUUGACCCAGGUUGGCACCAUCGAACAGAUUCUUGAUGCUGGGGUAUUGGGAUAUCGAGCGCCAGAGUUGGCUGCUGCGAAGAAACCAUUGCCAUCUUUCAAGUCAGAUGUCUAUGCCUUUGGAGUAAUAUUGUUGGAACUUCUAACUGGCAGGUGUGCUGGUGAUGUCAUUUCUGGUGCAGAGGGAAGGGUUGAUCUUACAGAUUGGGUGCGAUUGAGAGUAGCGGAAGGUCGUGGUUCAGAAUGCUUUGAUGCUGCAUUGAUGGCAGAUAUGCAGAAUCCAGCAGUUGAGAAGGGAAUGAAGGAGGUCCUUGGAAUAGCAUUACGAUGCAUUAGAUCGGUCUCUGAGAGGCCAGGUAUCAAGACUAUCUAUGAAGAUCUUUCGUCUAUAUAGCUCGCGCAUCUCAUUUCUUUCAACAUAGUUUUUCAGGGUAUCAAUGUCUCAUUGGCCUCCUCUUUUGAGUGUGAUGAUGUUAAGCCUUUUGUUGUGAUCAGCUAACUACAUUAUCCAUUGUUGUAAAAAUGGGGCUUAGUUGCUAAUGGACACAAAAAUUUCCAUAUCAAUGGCUAUUUGUUGAGUUGUGGGCGUCC